AUGUAUCUAACGCGUGAAGGAUUGCCUGAAGGAUGGGUUGCACAAUGGGAUUCACAGUACAAAUGCUACUUUUACGUGAAUGAAAAGUCUCAAAACCCUACACCUCAAUGGGAGAGUCCUGUUCCAGGAUUUAAUCUUCCUCCCCCUUCUUCUUCUUCUUCUUCUCCAAAUGAAACCACGGGUGGAGAGCGUGGUAUAUUUGACAAACUUCGACCAAAUCAUCACAGCCAGCCAUCGCAUUCUCAUAAUAGCAACCAGCAUUCAUCUUCUGGAAUGUUUUCAAAUCCUCUGGUUGACAAGGUGGGCGGUUUCCUUGGGGGUGGUUUGGCUGCACAGGCUUUAGAAAGUGUUAUGAAACACCAUCAUAAGGAUCAACGCCCUCAGCAGGGUGCUUACCCCGCUGCCGUUGGUACUGGCGGCGGCACGAGCACUUUAUCCAACACGGAAAGACCCAAUAACUCCUUUUAUGAGAGACCUAGCUCGAACUUUGAAAGCUCUGCUGGCUAUCAGGAAGGGUUUGGAGGUGAGGGUCACCAUAAACAUCACAAGCACAAUUACGACAAUUUUGGUAACUUGGAGGGAUCUGGAGGAAUUGGUGGUCCCGGUGGAUCAUUUGGUUCUGGACUUCCAAACGAAGGUUCAAAUGGUUUUCAAGAAAGAUUUAACGGUCAUGGUCGCCAUGGAUAUCAUGGUGGAUUCGGCGCUUCCGAAGGUAUGAGCGGAUUCGACGAUCCUAAUAGAUUCGAUAAUUAUGGAAACGACGCGGGACGUUUUGAUGGUCCUGGAAAAUUCAGCGGUAAUGAAAACAACAUGGGACACUUUGGCGGUUCUGGAGGAUUCAAUCGCUAUAGUAAUGAUGCGGGGUUUUCCAAUAGUUCCGGCGGAUUCAAUCGUUAUUGGAACGACAUGGGGCGGCCUGGUGAAUUCAAUGAGUUUGGAAAUGGUAUGGAACGUCCUGGCGGUUUCAAUGGGUAUGGAAAUGAUACGGGGCGUUUCGAUGGUCCUGGUGGUUUUGACGGAGGUCGUCGCUCUAAUUGGUGA